AUCAAGCAAACUUGCAGAAGGAUAGGGAUAUCCAAAAGCCCAAAAGGUCCAGUUAUGAGGUCUGUGGACAGCAUCGCAAAAUGGUCCGCCGGCCCCAUUCCACUUCACUCGAGCUGCCGAGGCAUCAGCAAAGCGCGUCAAUCACCCACUCUCUGGUUCUCAUGCAUGGCGGCAAACCAAACAAUUGAUCCAGAACAAUUUAUCAAGAACACAAAUACAGCCAACCAUUCCCUUCGCGUCCAGCAUUUCUGUGGCGAACCCCUGACCAUACCCAGCGAGUCGGCCACCGUAGCGGUCGCGUAGUCCGGAACCGGAAAGGAAGUAAACAAAACCCCUGUGCGAUCCAUGUUUACAUUAUUUUGGGUCACUGUUGUGGCCUGGCAAGUGUAAGGUUAGACGCGCUUCUGGGUUCUCUGUUAUUCUCCUUUCUCUCGAUAUACUUCUUGUCCUUUCAACAUUCAACUUUUCUGCCAACAAGUGUUGGGAGAUUGAUUACGAUUUUCGAGUCCCACUUCCUAUUGUCAACAAACAAUUUACCCCGCCAAACCCACCAAAAUGGCUGACCUUAACCUCAAUCACGACUCAACAAUCACCAUCGACGACGACAGACCUCUCGCGGUCCGCCGCCCACGACGCAGCAGUGUAGGCUCUCUCUCAAAUUCUCGAAACAAUUCUCGACCUGCAACAUUACAUCCUCACGGCAUUGCAACACCUCCCGAAACUCCCAAACGCAUCAAGAAGAGAGUCCGCUUCUCGGAUCCAGGCCCAGCAAUUGAAUCCGAAUAUGCGUCAUCGGGGCUCACGCCAUUCAUCCGCCGCACUUCUCUAUCUACACCCAAAUCAAAACGUCGACAAUCGACGCCUGCAAGACUGUGGAAUAGAGCGGGAUACGAUGUCGAGCCUGCGUCCGGCACACUACAAUUCGCGCCCCUGCGGCAGGUGCUCGAUGGAAGAGUCAAGAGGCGAAUUAAGAGGAAUGGAUUGAGCGAGGAGAUAAAUGUUAUUGAAUUCGAUAAGAGGGUUGAGGCUCGUGGGAGGAAAGCGGAGGUCGAACGUCUGAAGCGUGAACUCGAAUUGAAGGAUCUGGAAGUCCAGAGUAUGAGGGAUGAGCACGAUGUUGCAAGUCAAAUCGAGGGAGAAUCGGGGGCGUCUAUAACAACGACCACAACAUUGAGCAAUAAAGUCCAGGAAUUGGAGCGGGAGAUUAGGGAUCUUAAGGAGGAGCUCGGAAGGAGAGAGUCCGAUUCAGAUACGAUCGAUGAUCCUAACAACUGGACAAUGGCGGCAAGGGAUCCAUACAAUUACGAAGACUACGACGAUAUGAUGAUCACGAAUUACGAUGCAGACUUCGAAGACAUGACUGGCAACGACGAAUUAAUGACCACACCCACCCGCCUAAAUACAUCCUUCCCCUCUCCUCCAUCAACCAUGCCCAACACGCCCUGCAAAUCUACACAUUCCACCAACGCUGGCAUCCAAGCCAGCUUACCCAUUUCGGAUCCCGAAAAGGAGACUCUGAAAUCACAACUCCAAUCAUUGCAAGCCGAGAUCUCAAAACUCACUUCAGCGGUCGCGCUCAACGAAGAUAACGCUACUCGACUCGCUGAAAAACUAUACGAGUUCAUCCCCAUUGAUGAAUCCCGCGACCAUAACGCCCUAGACUCCGCCCUCGACACAGUCCUCACCCAACUCGCCCUCACACAAUCCCAGUUCCUCGAAAACAGCACCGCUUUCUCCGCACUCUCCAACGAAAUCACCGCUCUCGGCUUCAGCGCCUCCAGUCCCGACGAAGCACUCGAGACCAUCGCCAAACAGUUCCGACAAGCGCGCCUCGAUCUUGAAUAUCUCACCCCAGGCGAAACAGCCGAGGGGUUUGAGAAUGAGAAAUUGUUGGGCUUGCUGGUAGAUAGAAUAAGAGUGUUGAUUGAGAAAGUGAAGGAUAGGGAUGCGAGUAUUGACCAAUACCAUGAACAAGAAGUCUUACUCCGACAACAACUCAACGAUCGCGUAAGCGUAAUGGAGAGCCUACGCGGCGAUCUCACACUCGCCAGCACCGUGGUCGGCUCUCUCCGCGAAGAAAUCAAAGACAAAGAAACCGACAGUGAGAGGUUACGUGCCGCGCUAGAAGGCUACCGCAACGAAGUCUCUAGUCUCGAAGCACUGAUCUCGCGCGUUGAGGAAGAGGGCAGGGAGAAAGAGCUGGGUUUGAGGAGCGAGAUGGAUGAGUUGCAGGGGAGAUUGGAGAAUGAGGUCGCGAAACAUGAUGUUACGAGGUUGGUUAAUGAGGGGAAUGAGAUGCUUUUGCCGGAGUUGGAGAGGAGGCUUACGGCUGCGUUGGAGGCGGCUGCUGAGGUGCAGACGCGGCUGGAUACUCUCACUGAGGCAAACGCGACUAUGACAACUGAGCGCGAUGCGGCGCUUGCUCAGCUCGCUACUCUCUCAUCCUCUAUUUGUUCUGCGACUGAGGUGGAAAAACGAGAUGCUACGAUUGCAUCUCUCAGAUCCACUAUCCAAGACCGCGAACAAGCUCACGGCUCAGCACUCGCUCUCCGCGAUGCUAGAGUCUCUGAAUUGAGAAGCGAGAUCGAGCGCGUGAAUGAAGCGUUGAAGAGCGCGCAUAGCACCAUUCUCAGUUUGAGAAAAGAGAAUAAAGAGGUCAAGGAAAGAGCGGAGAGGGGGAAGUUUGUGGUCAUGGAUAUGUUGAAGCAGAUCGGACGGGCGGAGGAGAUGGGAAGGGGGUGGGUUGAGGUGGAAGGGUUGGAUAGCGGUGCUAGCGGGGUUGGGAUUGGAAAGAGGAGGGCGUCGAGUGUAGAUGUAAUGAGUACUCCGCGAGUCGAGAGGGGUCAGAGUGCAGGUGCUGGUGGUGUGGUGAGGAGGGGUGGGAUGUUUGAUGCUGGGCUGGCGAGGAGGGUGAGUGUAGGGAAGAGUGGGAAGAAGAGGAGGAGGUAUGAUAGUGGAUUGGGGUUCUUGGAGGAGGGUGAGGAAGGUGAUGAUACGAUGGUUGAGAUGUAAAGAUGGUGUUUUUAUCACAUAGUUUCUAUUUAUUUUGUCAGAAAGGGGCGUCGGUGUGGUUUUGGCGUUUAUCUAUUUCAUUGAGACUUUCAAUCGAGUCUUUAUUCUUCAUAUCCAUCAUCCAUUAAAC